AUGCCUCCUAAUAUCCGUCUAACUCCAUCCCAUCGCCGUCCCCUAUCUUUCCCCGCCGUACACCCCUGCGAAUCCAUAUCUCCGGCCACCAUCCUCACUUCAUUAAUCACUCUCUCCCAAAACAUAUCCACUUUCCAACCAAACUCCUUCCCCACUCAAAAACGAAACUCCCGAGAAACAAAACGCCAAAUCCAAAUCCUUCUCAUAUUCUUCCAAGAACUCCAAUCCCAUGGCUCUCCCAUCCCAAAACCAAUCAUUCCCAUCUUCUCUAACCUUCACUUCACCCUCCAAAAAAUCCAUUUCUUAUUCCAAGACUGUUCCCUCCAAAACGCACGCCUAUGGUUACUCAUCAAAUCCCAAUUCAUAGCCACACAGUUUCAUCUCCUUGUUCGUUCCGUGGCAGAAUCUCUCGACGCGUUACCCCUCAACCUCAUCGACGUAUGCGACGAGGUUAAAGAGGUAAUUCAAUUACUAACAGAACAAAAUAGAACAAUCAAUCUCUCACUAGACCAUAACGACGAACGCGAAAACAAACGCGUCAUUUCAAUUCUGAAUCAAUUUGAAAAAGGAACAGAACCGGACGUGGAUUCCAUCAAACAAGUCCUCCACUACCUUGAAAUCAAAACGUGGUUAGAUUGCAACGAAGAGAUCAAAUUCCUCCAACACGAAAUAGAAUUUGAACAAGAACAUGAACUAGAACAAGAGAAAGAGGUUUCUCAAUUGAGUGGUUUGAAAUGUUUUUUAUGCUACUGUCGGGUGGUUCUUUUCGAAACUAUAGAUUUUCAAUCGAUAACUCGUAACAGAUCCGAAACCAGGUGCAGGCGCAGCAUACAGAUGUCAACCUGCGUACCAGAUGAUUACCGCUGUCCAAUUUCACUAGAGUUAAUGACAGAUCCUGUAACCGUAUCUACCGGCCAAACAUACAACAGAGCUUCCAUUCAACAAUGGUUUGAAGCAGGAAACAUAACCUGUCCGAAAACAGGUGAAAAACUGGUUUCCACAGAGGUUUUCCCCAACACAGCUCUCAAAACAAUUAUCCAAAAAUUCUGUUACAAUAACAGAAUUUCAAUUUCACCAACUAAAUCCCAUGUCGGCAUAGCUGUAACCACAGUUAAUCCGGGCAGUCCUGCAGCAGCGCACGCGAUACAGUUUACUUCGUGGUCACUCGCUCAGAGACUAGUUUUCGGAACAGAUGAACAGAAAAACAAAGCGGCUUACGAGAUUGGAUUACUGGCGAAAUCAAACAUUUUCAAUACUGCAUGUUUGAUUGAGAUGGGGACCGUGCCACCGUUGAUUGAUCAUAUUUUAACUUCAGCAACGCAGGAGAAUGCGAUUUUUGCUCUUUUGAAACUUUCAAAGCAUAGCAACGGCCGCGAAGUAAUCAUGGAGAGUCGGGGCUUAAAUUCUAUAGUUACUGUUCUCAUCAGAGGUUAUAGUUUAGAAGCGCGCAGAUUUGCGGCUGGUAUAAUAUUUUAUCUCACUUCAGUGAAAGAAUACAGAAAAAUAAUAGGUGAAAGUUCAAAGGCGGUUUCUGGUUUAGUGGAAUUGAUAAAGAAAGGAACAAUUCGAGGAAAAAAGUGUGCAGUGGAUGCGAUUUUCGGGUUGUUACUACUUCCUAAGAAUCAUUCUAAAGUUCUUGCUUCUGGUGCUGUUCCUGCUAUUGUUAGUGUUCUGGAUUCUUGGGAGAAAUCUUAUGUUGUUAGUGAUUGUUUAGCGGUUUUGGUAGCUUUGGCAGAGAAUGUGGACGGUUCUCGUGCUGUAUUAGAAGCUUCGGGUUUGUCUUUGGUGGUUGGGAUUUUGCAAUCUCCAACUUCACGUGCUGAGAAGGAGUACUGUAUUUCCAUUUUGGUUUCACUGUGUACUAACAUUGGUGAUGACAUUGUUAGUGUUCUGGUGAAGGAUGGUUCUGUGAUUAUGCCUUUGCUUUACGCGAUUCUUACGGAUGGUACUCCUCUAGCGGAAAAGAAAGCACGGAAACUUAUCAAUGUGUUACAAGAAUUUGAUGAGAAGAAAACUUUGGGCACUUCUGUUUUGCACCAAAGAUUGCUUCAGUUGAAUUAG